AUGGAUUUCAUCCCACCGUCAUACGAAUCAGCAACAGACCGAGAUGCAUGGGUGAUAAUCGCCCACUACAUCCCUUCCAGCGAUCUUUGUGCAGCAUCAUUAGUCUGUCAUCGAUGGCACGACCUAUUUAUGCCAUUUCUUUGGGGUGAUCCAGCAUCUCAUUUCGGAACUGAGAACGACGCGGUCUAUGUGGCGCUUACACGGUUUCGAAGAACCCUUAAAUAUGCCAGGCGAGAAGUACGAUCCUUAACUCACACACUUCAUCUUCCCCCUGCUUUGUCAGAGAUAUACGACGGCCCCCGGCCUGGCUGGCUGAGAGAUAUUCUGGAAUUUCUUCCAUGUCUGCAAUGUCUCAUGGUAUCAAGGCUGCCGUUUUUUGAUCACAAUUCAAUGGUUGCAUUGAAGAAUCAGAAUUCUUCCAGCCAAUAUAAUAUCCGUCUUCUGCUCGCGGAACACGAGCCGAAUACCACCUCUGCCGGUCUGGCAGAAACUUUACUUCACUUCCCCUUGUUGAGUUAUCUGAAUCUCUCGUAUACUACGUCCGCACGAGACCGAUAUGUUCUGUCUUCACUCUCUCAGCUUGAACAUCUUCAAGUACUGAAACUACGCGGCAUCGGUCUGAAAGAUACAGAUGCUGGGUAUCUAGCUAAUGCCAUUGGGAAAAGAGUUCGUUUCUUAGAUUUACGUGACAAUAUGCUUACAGAUAUGGCCGUUCGUUCACUGCUACAGGCUUCUUUUUUCACCGCUAGCAGUUCACAGCAGUCUCGUUCAAGAACCCGGUCAUCACCGGAUCCUAUCUUUCAGAUCUCAAAACAUGCUCUUGGGAUCGAUAUAUUCAACUCUUCGAAAUUAGAUGAACACCUUUUGAAAUUGCUGGCCCGGCCAACAUCAAACAGGCACUGGAUCGAAGACUUGUCGCUAUCAGGCAUCACGCACCUGUAUAUUGCAAAUAAUCAGAUAACAGUGGAAGGUGUUGUAAGUCUCCUAUCGUCAGGGCGUCUUCAUGCGCUUGAUGUCGGAACGGUCAAUACGGCAGACUUCAUACAGAAAAAAACCUCUUCGCCAAAAUCUGGAAAAUACCCAGGAGGUGAGAAGUUUGCGCCACUACUGAGGAAUGUUGCUGGUAAUAAAAUGGUAUAUUUCCGGGCUCAUCAUGCAGUGGUGACCGUAGAGCCACCGUCAAAGGAAGUUCCCAUGGCGUCUGGGGCACUGGGAGUCCUCCCUGAGCUUGCAGGUGGUAAAGUGUCUCACCCGACUGAGUUGGAUGCUUCGCACGAAGCCCAAAUCUACGAGGUACCAGGAGAAGUCCCAUCGAUCCAUGAGCUUGCAGAUACAUCAAUCACACAGUCUGCGAAAUCGGUUCCAAUUUUUUCGAGAAUCCCUGAACCAUUGCCUGCUCCUAGACGUGGAUCCGCUUUUGCUCCAGAGGUCAUUGAAGGAAUGCCACAAGGCAACGAUAAUACUUCCGCCAGCACGGAUUAUCUCGAGCCAGUCUCUGGAGCUGCUAUGGAUACCCUUCAUACCCACAGAAUUCAAGAACUUCUUGCAAAACGUCCAAAUUCCCAGUCCAUCCCUCUCCAAAACGGGAAAGAAAGCUAUUUUCCCUACCUCCACCCGUCUCAUAUCCCACAAAUGGAAACCCUCGUCUUGACAGGUGUACCUUCACAUAUUGCACCCGACUCCUCGAUAUUAGGCACCCUAAUCCGGUUCAUUACAGCAUGCUCCAAUGAAGCUUUAUUAGCUGCCCUCCAAGCUGGGUCCGACUAUUCUCUCCCACCAGGCCAAGCCCGCAUAAUAGCUGAACAACAGCGAUCGCGAUCCCUCUUCGGUCUACGCCAGAUAAUCCUCGAAAUAACGCCUACGGACAAUUCAAGAUCAAUCUCCUGGAAGCCUGCAAAUCAGCGCAAUGGCUUAACCGUUUCAAGCACCGGAGACCGCGACUCUGAAGCCCUCUGGGCCGCGGCCACAGACGACUUCAGCUUUUUUGGCGAAGAAGAAUGCGGCAUCCCAGAAAGCGACCCGAGCAAAUAUUUCCCCAUGGCUAUAUUGAACGAGAAAGUCUCCCUCAUACCCUCGGACGACGACGAUGGUACCGAAUCAUCCCUUCCAAUACGAGAUAUAUCGCAGCGUGUUAUCACAUCGUCACCCGAGAUGCGCAGUCCAUCACACAGGAAUAAAAAAUCAACCCAGCACCCACCACAAAAUUUAAUCGAUCUCGUUGCCGAACUUGCCGCUUUUCGCCGCUCAAAAAAGGCCGAAUACGAGCAAGUUAUGCGUCGUGAGAGAGGGCGGCUUAGUACAGAUUCCAGUCUCUCAGGUGUCUUUACCACUACGCCACAUAUGUCGAUGGCGCAUUUUGUCGAGGGUCACUGGAAAGGGGAAGUGAAGAUUGUGCGUAAUCCAACUCCCAAAGUCCGAAGUGGUAUGGUAGACAUUUACGGAAAUUAUUUUGAAGGGGGAUAUUUAUAUCCGUGA